CGACUUAGGACAAUGUGUGUGUGUAUGUGUUUGUGUGUGUUAUGCAGAUAUAGAUUUAGAUGAUACAGCUAGCAUAGGAGGAGAGUGUGAGCAUAAAUUCUCUAGAGAAUCCUUUUCAGGUCUGGAGGUGAACGUUUUUAAAUGUUUCUAAAUUCAGCAUUGUGUGUCAUCGUGAGCCCAAAGCAAAUUUCCCUCUGGGACAAUGAAGUCUUAUCUUAAAAUGAGGAUUCAGUUGAUUUUUCUUUUAAAUGAACACUCACUGGCCCACAUUACAAGAUAAAUGGGUGGUUGCAUGCCUCUCACAUUUAUCCACUAGAUGGUAGAAUUGGGCUGUGGUUGCACUUUAACAACAUUCAGCCUUAAAAGUUUGCACAUUAAAUUAAUAUGCAAUAGCCUCAAACAUUUUGCAGUAGGUGCAAAUGAAUUUCAGGAUGAUUUCACAAUUUCACGCAAAACCAAAAAGAGUGAAAAUGGCAAGAAUAUUUGUUAACUGUAGGUGGUAUAGACUAUAAUAAAAGGGAGAUAAGUUUUUGUACCCUCAUUUGAUCAGUUUAUUUCUGCAUCUGACUCCAGUCGCUCUGUAACUUCAGAAUGUAACGACGCGUUGUAUCCAUGCAACGACGCACGCAAAGUAACGUAGAGUCCAGACAAGACACAGCACCAUAGAAGAGAGCAGUGAAGGAACUUUUUAACCUCGUGGCUCAACACAUUUAGCUAUACAAAUGAGAGCUAUUCUUCUAUUCGGGGCUAAACCUCGCAGGUGCCUCUGCAAAUUAAGUUUCAUUCAUUUGAAUGUUUGUUUGUAGUAGGGUAGCUAAGGGAAAAAAAAUGUAUGGACGCGCUCCAAGAGUCACCCUCUUGACAACAAGUGGAACAAGUGGAACCCCAUCUACAGUUGGCCCCGGAUCGUACCAAGUCACCCGAGGCAAAUUUAAAAUAUCAGAUGGCUAUGCUCCUUUCUUGUCCUUGACCAACAGACCGGCACUAUUCAGUGUGCCCAGUGAAAGGAUGCCAGGACCUGGACAGUAUGACGACUCACCUGCUAAGCAAAACGUUCACGGUGGCCGUAGUCUUCAAAACCGUUCCAAGCGUUUUGAGAAGGUUGUGUCAGAGGUUCCGGGCCCCGGGGCCUACAAUGUGCUGCCAUCCUCAGGAAACACGCUCAGGGCCAUGACUGGUGAUGCAGGACAGUCUCAGAAGCUCGGCAGGAAAAUGUGGCUGGAGGCUAAAAGUCUCCGGCUGGUUCGUCAGUCACAUAUCCCAUCCAUUCCUUCCCCGGGCCAGGCCUAUGGCUAUGAGGAGGACACCCUGGGUGUGCUCCACAAGCAACAGCCUCCACCCAGGGACACAACCCUGGGGCCAGCCUACUACAAUCCACUACUGUUAGAGAGGAGUUCUGCACAGAAGUAUAAAGGUGUCCACUUUGGCAACAUGACAGAGAGGAGAGAUGUGGUGACUGUGAAGGAGGGGCCAGGUCCAGGACAAUACUACAAUGAGAUAGUCCCAGAAACACACUAUGUGAAUGUGAACCUUCAAAAAGAGCAGAAUGGCAGAGCUGAGCUUAUCAUCCCUCGUUACCAUGAACUGGUGCCCAAGCAAGAGGAAAAGAAGGGAGUUCCUGGUCCAGGCCAGUACGACAUCAGAGGUCAAUUUGAAAAGCCUAUGAAGUCCAGUCGCAACAUGCAGAAUGUCACUUGCUCCUUCCUCUCUCAGACUGAGAGGUUUAACCCUGUGAAAGAAGUGUCGCCUCCUGUUGGUGCAUAUAAUGACCCGCGCUGUGCCCUGGAGCUGGUGAAGAAGACCACGGGAGUGAAGAAAAGUCCAUUUGGCCUCACUGCAGUGCGCUUUACUCUUAACGACAAAAAAUGCCACACACCAGGUCCAGGUUCCUAUAAUGUGUUCGACUAUGGCUUAGCCCGAGAGAGUUUUAAAAAGGCAUUUUUAGAGAGAACCAGGAAGGGAGGCUUUGGCUCCACUGCUCAGCGCAACUCCAUCUUUCUCAACAAGGAAUCGAUAGAGACCCCAAGUCCAGGACAGUACGAGACAGAAAAGAAGACAGAGGAGCACUACAAAAAGCAGCACACAGCUGUAUUCAAAUCAGCCACAGAGCGUUUGGCAUCAUCACUGCUGGCUAAAGAUUCCCCUCCAGCCACGAGUUAUGAUGUGAUUAAGGCAUUUGAGAAAACUAAUGGCAACUCCUUCUCUGAACCCCGAAGUGAGGGAGCCAAGAGACGACACACCUGCUUUCUCUCAGCUGCACCACGGAAUGAUUUCUUCUUACAAUGUGACCCCAGUGUACCAGGCCCUGACCGGUACAACCCCAAUGUGAAAUCCUUCCCUCAAAUGGCUCUAAUCUCCUCAAGAGAAGAUCGAUUCAAAGUCUCUGUGAACACCAAUCCUGGGCCUGGCUCUUAUCAGUUGAGUCCAGGCAUCAUGAACACGGUGCUGAAGGGCACCUUCAACGUGACGCUCAACAACCCUCUGUGUACCUCCUGUUCCUCCCACGUGGCCCCUGGCCCGAUAACGGAACACAAAACCAUUAAUGCUGUCUCACCCAACACCUUCAUCACCAGUAGCACUUCCUAGAGCUCUCUGUGGGUCAGAGGUGGGUGUUUGGAGGAAGAUGACUGCUCUUUCUUCAGUGUCGCAUGGAGAGAUACGUACAGUGCAUCUACAGCUGUUGGUUUCCUCA